AUGAGCGAUAUUGGAAUUGAAACAGAUAAUACAUCAGUUUUAGAGCCUUUAGAUCUUGUUAGGCUUUCUUUAGACGAAAGAGUUUAUGUUAAAUUACGAGGAGACAGAGAAAUAAAAGGCAGAUUACAUGCCUACGAUAGCCAUCUUAAUAUGGUUUUAAGCGAUGUGGAAGAAACAGUUUAUAUAGUUGAUAUUGAUGAAACCGAAGAACAUAUUAGUACUAAAAAAAAACACUCCGAAAUGAUAUUUGUACGAGGAGAUUCAGUAAUUUUAAUAUCUCCACCAAAAAGAUAA